CGUCCCGGGCUCUGCGGGCCUUUAAACUUGGACGCCAUCGUAAGCGCCCCGCCUCCUCGGUCGUGACGACAUCAGAAGGCGCCCGAGAUGCUGGACUCGCUGCUGGCCGUGGGUGGCUUGGUGCUUCUAAGAGACUCGGUGGAGUGGGAGGGGCGUAGUCUCCUGAAGGCUCUUGUCAAGAAAGCCGCACUUCGCGGGGAGCAAGUCCACGUUCUGGGCUGUGAAGUGAGCGAAGAAGAGUUUCGCGAAGGUUUGGGCGCUGAUGCCAACAGCCGCCUGCUUUACCAUGACCUCUUCAGAGACCCUCUCAGCUGGUCAGAACCUGGUACGGCUGUCCCUGGAGGACCUCUAGGGGCCUUGAGAGCCAUGUGCAGAAAGACGGGUCCCAGCCCAGCCACCGUGGCUCUUGACUCUCUGAGCUGGCUGCUGUUUCACAUCCCCUGCGUUACCCUCUGUCAAGCCCUUCAUGCCCUGAGCCAGCAAAGUGUCCACCCAGGUGACAACUCCCCAGUAGAGAAGGUGUGUGUCCUGGGCCUCCUACAUGAAGAGCUGCUUGGUCCUGGCCCCAUGGGAGCAUUGAGUACCCUUGCUCACACCGAGGUGACCCUGAGUGGCAAAACGGGCCGGACUUCAGCCUCCAUCCUCUAUCGAAGGCCCCAACAGCGCGCAGCUCAGCAGACUUGGUGGUUCUCCGUUCUUCCUGACUUCAGCCUGGAUCUACAUGAGCAGCUUCCCCUCCCUUCUGAGCUACGCCCAGGUCCUCACACAACCCAGGUGGAUCCCACGACUCAUUUGACCUUUAACCUUCACUUAUCAAAGAAAGAAAGAGAAGCCAGAGACAGCCUCACUCUGCCUUUCCAGUUCAGCUCUGAAAAACAGCAAGCUCUGCUGCACCCUGUCCUGGGCCAGAAAACUGGCCGUAUCUUCUACGAGCCAGAUGCUUUUGACGACGUGGACCCAGAAGACCCAGAUGACGACCUAGACAUCUGAUAGACAAGCAGGAGAGGCUCAGCCAUCCUCCUGUUUGCACUCUCC